UGGAACUAUCUUCUUCUUCUUCUUCUUCCCAAAUUUCAAACAUAUAAUGCUCUUUUCUGCAUCUUCUCUCUCAUCAUCGUCAUCUUGCUCCAAGGUAAUUCUCCCCCAUCUCCUUAAAUUCAUCUCGUCCUUCAAUUCCUUUGCAUUUUCAUCAUAUUCUACAUCAUCACUUGAUCAAAUAAUAACAUCACUUCAACAAAAAGACCAUAAUCACCUCCACUUGUUAAACCAUUCUUUUAUCUCUAAUUUGAAACCCCAUCAAGUCGAGCCUAUUCUUUUUGGUCUACGUGCAAAACCCGCUUUGGCAAUUAGGUUCUUUGAGUGGUCUGAGCGUAAUCUAGGGUUCCAUAAUCUUAAGCUUGAAUCUUUCUGUGGGCUUAUUCAUUUGCUGCUAGAAAAGCGAAUGUUCGAUGAUGCCCGGAAGGUGUUUGAUAAAAUGACCGAAAGGUUUGGGGAUUUUGAUUGUUUUGAUUCUUUUCACGUUGGUCUUGGGAAUUAUCAUUCGAAUGCUAGUACCGUUUACAGCUUCUUGAUCGAUAAUUAUUGUCGAAUUGGGAUGAUUGAUCAGGUGGUUGGGGUGUUCUUUAGGAUGUCAAGAACUAAUAUUUCUAUCUCACCAUAUGCACUGAUGAGAAUGUUGAGUUGUUUAGUUGAUUUGAAGAGGAUUGAUGUCAUGAUCAAUGUGUACCAUGAAAUAGGUAAUGAUCCUAAAGAAAACAAGGAUUUGUGUUCGAAUAUAUAUGGGUAUGUAAUGGGUGGUUUCUUCAAGAAAGGUGAGGCAAGUUUCGGGUUUGAGUUCCAUAGAGCUGUUAUUGAAAGAGGGCUUGCGCCUAAUGUAGUUACUUGUAAUAAGAUCAUGAAGGGUCUUUGCAAUGACAAGUGUUCAGAUAUCGCACAUGGCUUCUUAUCUUUGAUGAUAGAGGUAGGUCCAAUCCCGACGGUGGUAACAUUUAGCACGUUAAUCAAAGCAUAUUGCAAGGAAAGAAAACUGGAAGAAGCCUUUCAACUUUAUGAUCUGAUGCUGGUAAUAGGAAUUGCUCCUGAUCUAGUUAUAUAUAGUAUUUUGGUUCACGGUCUUUUUCAGGCUGGCAAGCUAGAGGAAGGGCAUCAAGUAAUCAUGGUUGCAUUAGAUAAAGGCAUCAUUUUGGAUGUGGUGGUUCUUAGUUCUAUGGUAGAUGCAUAUGUAAAACAGGGAAAUCUAGAAAAGGGUUUUGAAGUAUACAGAAAGAUGCUUAAGGGAGGGAUAAAGCCGAGCAUAGUUACAUAUGGCAUACUUAUAAACGGGUUUUGUCAAAAAGGGAGGGUUCAUGAGGCUAUCGGCAUCUUUGGUCAAGUUCUGAAACAGGGUCUCAAGCCAUCGGUCCUAGUUUAUAGCAGUCUUAUUGAUGGCAUUUGCAAAUCUGGGAGUUUAAGAUAUGGGUUCCGGUUAUAUGAUGAAAUGGUAACUUAUGGUCAUACUCCAGAUGCAGCGGUUUAUAGUGUGCUUAUAAAUGGUCUUACGGAACAAGGUAAGAUGGAUGAUGCUAUUCGAUUCUUUUAUCAGUCCUUAAACAGUGAUGUACGACCUAGUAUAGUUGCUUACAACACUUUGAUUGAUGGUUUAUGUAAAUUGAAGCUAAUGAAGGAUGCUGUGAAGUUAUACAUUCAGAUGGGUACAUAUGGAUUAGAACCCGACAUAGUUACUUACACGAUACUGAUCAAAGCAAUCAUUGAAACAAGAAGGUUACCCGCAGCUUUGAUUUUGUUCUUUCGAGCCUUGAAGAAGGGUUUCUUUCCGGAUUGUGUUACAUAUUGCACCCUUAUAGACGGAUUUUGUAAAGAAAAGAAUGUUACCAUCGGGUUAUGGUUUCUUGAACUCAUGCUUGAAAACGGAGUACAGCCUGAUAUUGACAUCCACAAUGUUCUGAUAAACGCUUUUCUCAGAAACGGUCAAUUAGAAAAGGCGUUGGAGCUUUUCAGGCACGUUCAGAAGUAUGGACCUGAACCUGAUAUUGUGACCUACAACACGAUGAUCAGCGGCUACUGUUCUUUAAAAAAGUUGAACGAAGCCGUUCAACUUUACAAAGAGGCGCAUCUCCAGCAAAAGCAACCAAACGCCAUCACUCACACGAUCUUGAUUGAUGCAUACUGCAAAGAAGGUAAAGUAGAAGAUGCAAUGGCGAUAUUCUCACUUAUGUUAGAAAAAGGUUUAGAACCAAGUGUGGUUACUUACAGUAGUCUAAUUGACGGCCAUUUUAAGACUUGGAAAAUGAAAAGUGGUCUCGAGUUACAUGAAAAGAUGGUGAGGAACGAAUUAGGCCCAAAUAUUGUGAGCUACAGUAUCCUGAUGGAUGGUCUCUGCAAAAGGGGAUUAAUGGAGGAAGCAUCAAUGGUGUUCUGGGAUGUUUUAGGAAGGAAUUUGUUGCCUGAUGUGAUUACUUAUGGGAUUAUGAUUCAUGGUUACUGUAAGGUUGGACGAUUAGGCGAUGCCAUGGUGUUGUAUGGCCGAAUGGUUAAAGAUGGUAUUAUUCCUGAUAAAUUUUUACGAACAAUCCUUGCAGAGUAUGGUGUUGCAGAGGAUUAAGGUAUGGGCUUAUUCAUCUAUGAAUAUAAUGGUUUUUUUGUUUGUUUGUUGUACUUUGUAAAUUAGUGGUUCUUUAAGUUAGGGAACCAUACUGUGAAAAUGUACCAUAUACUGUGACACAUUCUAUACAUUCACAUGUCAUUAUGAACAAUUCCCGGAUCCAAGCUGUAAUUAUGAUCGAUCAAGGUGAAGUCAAAACACCCCAAAAACACUUUUGCAUUCAUAAAAGAAUGUUGGACCGAAACACCCAAAAACUGACUGUUUCUUGACCGUUAAAAGGGGCAAAAUG